GCGCUCGUGAUCAAGAAAAGCAAAGAAACUGAAAACCCAGAAACCUCCUCCUGAAUUUCUUCCGAUCGAUCAGUAGAUCUCUUUCUUUUUUUCUUUUUUUUUAUUGGUGCAGGAAUCGACAUGAUGAGCCGUGGUGGAACCAGGUUGACGAGCUCCCUCAUGGCAGCGGUCGGUGGCCGCUGCUUCUCUGCUGCAACCGUCCGUACCCUGUCUGACGAAGUCGCCACUGCUUGGAUCAGGGCCCCGGUCGUCGGUUUGCGGUACGAAAGCACCUUGGCAUUAGGUGAUAAGGAACGGCAGGAGGAAAAGCCGGUGGUGUCGGGCUUGGCUGCUGGUGGUAGCGGUGGUAAGGACGAGAAGACGGUGGUUAGUUACUGGGGCAUCCAGCCCGGUAAGGUCAAGAAAGACGAUGGUACCGAGUGGAGGUGGAGCUGCUUUAGGCCAUGGGAGACUUAUGAAUCAAACACGUCCAUAGAUCUGAAGAAGCACCAUGUGCCUGUUACCUUGAUGGACAAACUGGCUUUUUGGACUGUCAAAGUGCUCCGGUGGCCUACUGAUAUCUUCUUCCAGAGGAGAUAUGGUUGCCGGGCAAUGAUGCUGGAAACGGUGGCGGCUGUCCCCGGAAUGGUGGGGGGCAUGCUGCUUCAUUGCAAAUCAUUGAGGCGAUUUGAGCACAGUGGUGGCUGGAUCAAAGCUCUGUUGGAAGAAGCUGAGAAUGAGCGUAUGCAUCUGAUGACGUUUAUGGAGGUGGCCCAGCCAAGGUGGUAUGAGCGUGCACUUGUAUUUGCAGUCCAAGGUGUAUUCUUCAAUGCUUACUUUCUGGGGUAUAUCAUUUCGCCCAAAUUUGCUCACCGGAUGGUGGGGUACCUUGAGGAAGAAGCAAUUCACUCUUACACUGAGUUCCUCAAGGAGCUGGACAAGGGCAAUAUAGAGAACGUCCCUGCUCCUGCAAUUGCCAUUGAUUACUGGCGCUUGCCUGCUAACUCUACUCUCCGUGAUGUUGUGAUGAUUGUGAGGGCAGAUGAGGCACAUCACCGUGAUGUCAACCACUUUGCAUCGGACAUACAUUACCAGGGACGGGAACUGAAGGAAACUCCUGCUCCACUCGGGUAUCAUUGAUCUUGAAUACUUGGGACUAGCCUCUUCUGAUGAGGAAGUGAAUCAAAUCCAGAUGCUUUUAGUAGACCUACAAAUAAGUAGUGUUCAAAAAGGUGGUGCUGAUAUUGGUUUAUUGUUUACUCUAAGUUUUGAUAUGUACAUACAUAAAGUGGUGUCUGCUCAUGGACCUCUUUCUUUGUUAAAGGACUUACAGGAGUUAACAAAUGUUAACUCAAUUAUGCUUGUUGGAGAUCAAUAAUAUCCUACCUUGCUUUCCAAUGAAUCUUGGAAUUGUUCAUUGCAACUAAUCUUCAAUUUCUUAUCAUCAUUGUUGAUGGUGUCUUGUCAUACUCUAGUCCAUGACUGUCUUGAAAUUGAAUUGGUUGAGAUUGUCAUUUGUCUAUGAUUAAGAAGAAAAAUCAUGGCCCGAUGAUCGAAGAAGCAUUGUUUUCUAUGUGAUGUGGGUAGUUUUGAAAGUAGAAGAAAUUGAAGUUGGGUGU